GCUGAGUUAGAACUUGCCACUCACACACUGAGAAGCACUCACAAACUUUCUGUUUCUAAACAGUUUGUUCACUUUUGAGCUCAGUCAUGCCUGAAAAGACAUCAAAUAACUUUUUCCAUCGCUUUCGAGGUUUGAUUCAGAGAAACCGCCCAGGUGGAGAUGCAGACCCAUCGCAUAUCGCACAGAGACCCAGAGUUUGUGCUGUGCAACUCCCACCUUUAUUUAAGCAAUGCACAGACUCUCCACAGGGAGUCCAGAGAUGCUGGAACUUAAGUCCCCGGUUGGAGGACCCUUUUUUGAGUCAGGAGGACCUUGAAAGAAGUGUGUGUAGCCUCAGCUCUGGAGACACACACACACCGAGUGAUCUGAGGGCCAUUCCUCUCAUUGAUAGUCCUGCUGAGAUGACACCGCUCACUCCAGUUCCUCCACCUCCUCGAGCAGCUUCACAAUUGCCUGUUUUCUCUGCUAAACAUUCAGGAGCAGACACGAAGGUCAUUCGUGGAAUAAGAGUUGUGACAGCAAAAAACAAACUUGGGCCCAUUUUGGAAAAACUGCAGCUUUUCCAGGAUGGGAUUGUAACCUCACCUGGACACACAGUACCAACCAAAACCUUUGCUGCAGUAAAGCCUUCGUGUCCAAAACCUCCAACAGUUCCCAAAGCACAUAAACGAGGACCUCGGCCUGGGACGUUGCUGCGCCGUCCAAAAGUCGUCCCUAUAGACGACAAGAAAGCAGACAGUCAGUGCAGUCAGAAGAAUCCAAGAGAGGGCAGGGUCAAACUCCCACCUCUAGCUGCACCUGUAGAGAGCCUGUCCCACAGCUUUAGUCUGCUGUCUUCAGACGACUGGAUAAAGAAAAGACAGGGGUUGCAAACUAUUCAGUCUCUGGCAAAGCACCACUCGGACAUCCUGAAGACUAAACUGCAUGAAGUGUGUCUGGUCCUCAUUGAGGAGGUGAAAAACCAACGCUCAGCAGUAGCCUGUGAGGCCAUACAUACCAUCGAUGAGCUCUACAUUCAGCUCCAGAAAACAAUGGACCCAGAAGUUGAAACAACAGGCCGAGCUCUAUUGCUGAAGCUUGCACAGACCAACAACAACUUUAUUCAUCAGGAGGUCAAUCUGGCGCUUGAUGCCAUGGUGGGAAAUUGCAGCCAUGGACGGAUUCUGAGCGCUCUGUUUAACACAGGACUGAACCAUCGCUGUGUGGCAGUGAGGAAUAGCACGGCUCAACACCUGCACCAGCUGGCUGACAAACUUGGAGCAGCCGUCAUCCUGAAAGCAGGAAGCUUCACUGAACGCUUUCUAAUUGCUGCCUCUAGAAUGGCAGGGGAUGCUGCACCUGAAGCCAGGUACCAUGGGCAAACAAUCAUCAAGAAACUGGCCCUUCACAAGGACUUUAUGAAUUUGUGGAUGAAGAUUGUCCCUGAAAAAGACAGGCGUCCUGUGGAGAAGAGCUUGACAAAGGCUAAUAAUUACAGGCAGCAGGUCAGCAUCCAGACUAAGCUCUCCUCUCCAGCAGGACCUCGGAUCCCCAGAUGUGACAAUGCAAGUCCUGACGAGUACAGAGGAGAUGAGCAGCUGCUACAGUAGCAGCAGCAACCUGAGGCUAAGCUGGGAAAGUGGUUGGAGGUUCAACCAUCAUGACCACAGACAGUCCCAGUCGCUCUGCAGGAGUAAACUUCUCCAUCUUCAGGACUACAAACUAUUUCUCUGAAGGACAAUAUUAUUUAGAUUUACAUUAAUUAUUAUUACCUCAUUCUUAUUAUUACGUUAUUUGUAUUAUUUCAUUUUUAUUAUCACAUUUUUAAGAUCCUGAAUGAACAAUGUAAAAUAAAUCACUUUGUUUUCAUCUGAAUUAAAAUGGCACUUUGGUUGGCACA